GAAAAGAAGCCGCACUCCUCUUUGCAGGUGGCGCGCUAACAGAGCAGUCGGUUGAUUCUCCUUCAUCCUUAUUGCUGACGCGCAGCUCUUUCUUCUUCCGCAUACGAUCUUUAUUUCAAACUCCUUCCUUCGUUCGAAGGUGUCCCGUUGAAGGAGUGCUCCAGCAAGGACACGCCGAUUGAGCAGUUCGUUUCCGAGCUCGCCUCCUCGUUGUCCUUACGCGAUCGCGCCCUCCUUCAUCAACUCGUUUCUUCUCUCUCCACUCCGUGACCCGUUGUCGGUUCCUUUCUAUUCCUCGUCCACCGGCAAUGGAGAUGACCACCGCGGACAGGCAGCGGCCCCCUCACGGUCAUAAGCGGCCACGCGAGGACGGCGAUGCCGCGCAGAAGGACAGCAGCAACGCCAGCGCCUCUGCCUCCUUCUCGAACGCCCCCUCCAACAGCACCACACCGGUGGUGGCCGUAGAGGCAGUGGUGGAUGUGGACAGCCUGGAGGGGCACGGCGUGUCUGCGCCGACUGCGACAGCACCGACCACAUCAGCAGCCAUGAAAGCCGCCGCCGUUGGGUCCGCCGUGCUAGAGACAAGUGCCUCCCCUGGACCUGCCCAACGCAGCAGCACCGCGGAGCUCAGCAGCAGCAGUCACGUUCACAGCCCCCUCAACAGCGGCAGCAGUAUCAACAAUAUCAAUAACAGCGGUAUGGGCAACGGACCUGCCGCGCCGUCCUUCGCCGACCCCCGCCGCUUCAAGCAGCCGACGCUGGCGGCCUACGGGAUGGUGAGUGACACGAUGGCCCUCAAGAAGGAAAUCACCGAUCGCGACCUUCACAUCGAGGAGUUGAACCGCGAAGUGGACAUGGCGCGGGCGGAGAUCGGGCGGCGCGAUGAUCAGGUGUCCUUCAUGGACGGGCAGUGUCAGCAGUAUCAACGGAAGCUGCAGCACUUCCAGAAUGUCAUGCGCGAGGAGAUGCUGAGCGCGGCGCAGAAGGCCCGCUCGGAGGCGCGGCGGCUGCUGUUCCAGAGGCACUUUGAGCUGGGCCAGACCGCCACCUGGCACAGCAACGGCCAGACGGUGUGGAUGGAGGGCGAUCGGGUGCGCAGCCUCAUCAUGAAGCUUGCAGAGCUGAGUCAGAAGCGAGAGGAGGUGGAGGCGCAGAAGAAGGCGGCGCAGAGCAACGUGAAGCAGCUGGCGCGGCAGGAGCGCGAGCGCGAGGACUCGGGCGCCGGGCCGGAUGUGCAAGACGCUCUCGCGGCGGCCCAGUUGGAGUAUCAGCUACGUGCGUCUGAGCACACCGCGCUGACCAACACCAUGGCGGAGAUGAGGCAGCGGCAGGCGGAGAUCGAGCUGGAGAAGAAGGCCUUCGUGAAGGAGAUGCGCCGGGUGAACGACGAGGACACGUCGGAGUUUCUCGCCAUCCCAACCAUCGGAGAAGACAACCGCUACGUCCUCAUGCACCUCCUCGGCAAGGGUGGCUUCUCGGAGGUGUGGAAGGCGUUCGACCUUAUGGAGGGCCGCUACGUGGCGUGUAAGAUCCAUCACAUCCAACGGGAGUGGCCGACGCAGACCCGCGCACACUACCUGCGCCACGCACAGCGGGAGCUGGACAUCAUGCGCGACCUCGACCACCCGCACCUCACCCACCUCUACGACGUGUUCCCGCGCGGAGACAACAUGUUCAUCUCCGUCAUGGAGUACAGCCACGGCAUGGACCUCGACACCUACCUCAAGCGCUUCCGCACCUUCAAGGAGGCCGAUGCCCGCCUUAUCUUUCUGCAGAUUGUCGACGUGCUCCGCUACCUCGCGUCACUGGACAGCCCGAUCAUCCACUACGACCUGAAGCCGGCCAACAUUCUGUUGCACCGCGAUGACCCAACGAUUCUGGAUGUCAAGAUUACCGACUUCGGCCUCUCCAAGAUCAUCGGCAACACCCGCGAGGGUCCGAGCGACAAUCCGUCCAUCGAACUCACCUCACAGGGCACCGGCACGUACUGGUACCUCCCGCCCGAGUGCUUUGAGACGUCGUCGACGCCGCGCAUCAGCACCAAGGUGGACAUCUGGUCCGCCGGCGUCAUCUUCUACCAGAUGCUGUACGGCAAGCGGCCUUUUGCGGAGGGCGAGUCGCAGCGCAGGAUUUGGCAGGAGCGGCUGAUCAUCCAAUCUGCCCGCACGCUGAGCUUUCCGGACACGCCGAAGGUGAGCGAGGAGGCGAAGGACGUCAUUCGCAGCUGCCUCGCCUUCAACGAGAGCGAGCGCUGCGACGUCUUCCAACUCGGCCAGGACCCGUAUUUGUUUCGCACAAGCCGGCGCUCGGCGAACAAGACGAAGAGCGUCGCCCCGUCCGUGAAUGCACCCAGUGCCUCCUCUCCGACGACAGACACCACGGGAGCCGCGUAA